CUAAGGCAGAGGAGAUUCAUUUCUUUCUCUCCCCAAGAAAAACUAUACAAAAUUUCAGAAAAUUUAUAGUAAGUUCGAUAUGGCGUUUCAGGAUUUCGACAAGAUCCAAGAACGUGUAAACGCCAAUAGGAAACGUAAAUUCAGGAAGAGAAUCAUCGUUGGAACGGUCUCUUUGCUUGUGGUUGUUGCUGCUAUUGUUGGAGGAGCUUUUGCUUAUGUUGCUUAUGAGAAAAGAAAUGAACAACAACAAGCGAAGAGCCACAACAAAAGCGGUAGCGGCAACAACGUCAAGGAUAGCGACAAGAAGAGCCAGAGCCCACCAAGCCAGAGCCCACCAAGCCAGAGCACACCAAGCCCGAGCCAAAAAGCUCCCGUUUCCGCAGCGCAGUUAGUAAAACCUGGUCAGGGUGAUAAGAUUAUCCAAACAAUCUGCGGUCCAACGCUUUACAAGCAAACCUGCGAGGAAACGCUCAAAAACAGAACAGAGAAGGGUUUUGCUUUGGCCAAUCCGACGACCUUUUUAAAGUCUGCCAUUGAAGCUGUUAAUGUAGACCUUGACCGCGUUUUAGAGAAGGUCUUGAGUCUCAAGACUGAAAACCAGGAUGAUAAAGAUGCGAUUGCGCAAUGUAAGUUGCUUGUGGAAGACGCAAAGGAGGAAACCGUUGCGUCCCUGAACAAAAUCAACGUCACAGAAGUCAACAGUUUCGCAAAGGUAGUUCCUGACCUGGAAAGUUGGCUAAGCGCGGUCAUGUCUUAUCAGGAGACAUGCCUUGACGGGUUUGAAGAAGGGACCUUAAAAUCUGAAGUGAAAACGAGCGUCAAUUCUUCACAGGUUCUGACCAGCAAUUCCCUCGCAUUGAUCAAAACAUUUAACGCGAAUCUCUCUCCGGUAAUGAAGGUCGCAGCACGACAUCUUCUUGAUGACAUCCCGUCUUGGGUAAGCAACGAUGAUAGAAGAAUGUUAAGGGCUGUUGAUGUGAAGGUGUUGAAGCCUAAUGCCACUGUAGCUAAAGAUGGCAGUGGAAAUUUCACAACCAUUAAUGAUGCUCUGAGAGCUAUGCCUGAGAAAUAUGAGGGAAGGUACAUUAUCUACGUCAAACAAGGCAUUUAUGAUGAAUCUGUGACUGUCGAUAAGAAGAAGGCGAAUCUCACUAUGGUCGGAGAUGGAUCACAAAAGACAAUUGUGACCGGAAACAAAAGCCACGCAAAGAAAAUCCGCACUUUUCUCACCGCAACGUUCGUUGCACAGGGAGAAGGGUUUAUGGCACAGUCAAUGGGGUUCCGGAACACGGCUGGGCCAGAAGGACAUCAAGCAGUUGCAAUACGUGUCCAAUCUGAUAGAUCAAUUUUCCUAAACUGCCGAUUUGAAGGAUACCAAGACACAUUGUACGCUUACACACACCGUCAGUACUACAGAAGCUGUGUGAUAGUCGGUACAAUCGACUUCAUAUUCGGAGAUGCGGCUGCCAUCUUCCAGAACUGUAACAUCUUCAUCCGAAAAGGUUUACCAGGACAAAAGAACACCGUGACCGCUCAAGGACGUGUUGACAAGUUUCAGACGACUGGUUUCGUGGUCCAUAAUUGUAAAAUCGCUGCAAAUGAAGACCUUAAGCCAGUAAAGGAAGAGUACAAGAGCUACCUCGGGAGACCGUGGAAGAACUACUCUCGAACGAUCAUAAUGGAAUCUAAAAUCGAGAAUGUGAUUGACCCUGUUGGAUGGUUGAGAUGGCAAGAGACAGAUUUCGCGAUAGACACACUGUACUACGCGGAGUACAAUAACAAAGGAUCAAGUGGAGAUACAACUUCAAGAGUUAAAUGGCCUGGAUUUAAGUUCAUAACCAAAGAGGAGGCUUUGAACUAUACUGUUGGGCCCUUCUUACAAGGAGAUUGGAUCAGUGCCUCAGGUUCUCCCGUUAAGUUGGGUCUUUAUGAUGCUUGAUGACAACUUGUUGCUUGCAGAGAAGGUCAUGUGGUGACUUGCUUUGUUUUAAAAGCCAUUAAGAGAGGAUAUAAAACUUCAUCCACGGA